UAAAAAAUGUCCUCCUCUUACUAAACGGAAGUGUUGUUUAUGUGUCCAUAGUAAAAAAAAACCCACCACAGUCGUUUCUGAUUCCUCAACUUCACUGUUGGGACAACGUGUCCGCUGAGCAGCGUUGAUUGGCCCUGAGGAGCAGUGAUGUCACCGUUCACUUUGAUGUGUCGGUGCCCGUGCGGCAGCUCGCACAGUCCGAGGAACAGAGAGGAUCUCCAGAUGGAGUUUGGCGCGCGACGGGAGUAGAGCUGUGGUGGCCCGUGCGUCCGCGACACACUAGAGCGGCUGCCUCGCACUGCCUUGAUGAACUCGACCUGGUCCCGCACACAGCGCAGCAGCCCGUCAUGGGGGACGGUGGCGCGUCCUUGCCGGUGAGUUUCCAGAAUGGCUCCGGCAGCGAGGCGUCGGACGCACCGGACUCCGCGACAGCCGUGUCCGAGCAGUGGAUGGCGGGGAUGAGCGUGCUGAUGGGUCUGAUCGUCGUGUCCAUUGUGUUCGGCAACAUCCUGGUCAUGGUGGCCAUAGCCAAGACGCAGAGGCUGCAGACGCUCACCAACGUGUUCAUUGUGUCUCUGGCGGGCGCGGACCUCAUCAUGGGGCUGCUGGUGGUGCCGUUUGGCGCCGCGCUCGAGGUGAGCGGCUCGUGGCUGUACGGCAGCUUUUUCUGCGAGUUCUGGAUCUCCGUGGACGUUCUGUGCGUCACCGCCAGCAUCGAGACCCUGUGCGUUAUCGCCAUCGACCGGUACGUGGCCAUCACCUCCCCGUUCCGCUACCAAAGCUUGUUGACCAAAGCUCGGGCCAAAUCGGUGGUGUGCGUGGUUUGGGCCAUCUCUGCUCUGGUGUCCUUCCUCCCCAUCCUGAUGCACUGGUCCCGGGACAGCGUGGACACAGCCUGCUACGACGAGCCGGAAUGUUGCGACUUCGUCACCAACAGGGCUUAUGCCAUCUCCUCAUCCAUCAUAUCGUUUUACAUUCCUCUGCUGGUUAUGAUAUUUGUUUACGCCCGCGUGUACAGAGAGGCGAAGAAGCAGCUGGAGAAGAUCGACAAGUGCGAGGGCAGGUUUCACAACACCUUAACCGGACUGAACUUCAAGUUCAAGAAGAGGCCGUCUAAGAUCCUGGCGCUCCGGGAGCAGAAGGCGCUCAAGACGCUGGGCAUCAUCAUGGGGACGUUCACCCUGUGCUGGCUGCCCUUCUUCAUCGUCAACGUGGUGCGCGUGUUUCGCGCCGAGGUGGUGGACAAGGACCUCUUCGUGUUCCUAAACUGGCUCGGGUACGCGAACUCGGCGUUCAACCCUAUUAUUUACUGCCGGAGCCCGGACUUCAGGAAGGCGUUCAAGAGGCUGCUGUGCUGCCCGAGGCAAGCCGACCGCAGGCUGCACAUCAGCUCCUGCGACCUGUCGCGCUACUCCGGCGGGUUCGUCUCGGCUCUGGAGCCCGGCACCCUGGGGCUGUGGUCGGAUUGCGCCGUCUUGGACAACAGUGACGGCGGCAUGGUCGGCGCCGCGAAGCUGUCGCACUCUGAAUCACAGCUGUGAAGGGAAGACGAAUGCUUUUUGUUGAGGUGGACUACUACAAACUGGGAAGGAUGGAUGACGACAGCGGGCGUUUGCUUCUUGGACAUGGGUUUCUUUUUGGAAAGGUGUGCGUAAAAGAGCUGCGCCGUGUGGAUCAGAAGUUAACGGUCAGGUGAAAUCACCUGUAUUGUCUUUUAAAAGCCACAUUGUGUUUUAUUAAAAAAGGGAGCAGGACCAAUGUUCGUUCCUAGAUGCGCAAAUCUCACCAGGACAGUUCAGUGUCUGAGAUGAUCCAAUUUUUUAUUUAUUUAUAUCAAACCUCAUGUUUCUAAACGGAUCAAAUCAAACAUAAUCGGUGCUGCACUUGCCAUGAAACAGGAUUCAGUGAAACGGCAUUCCGUUCAAAGAGCGCGCGGUUGUAUCCUCAUGUUGUGGUUUAUUUCUUAUUUAUUGGAGUGUAAAUUGACGCAGAUAAUCUGGAAGCUGCCCUUGAAUGACCCCCUGGCUCUCCUUGGGUUAUGCUUUAUUCCUAAAAGGAUCACUGUGGAACACUGAUGGUUAUUUAAAUGAAUUCGUCAGUGACUCUCCUGUCGCCAUGUCGCGCUCACAGUGUGUUUUUUUACCUCACAGCUAUCGGCAAGUGCAAUUUGUACGACAGGUAUUUGUUUAUAUUAAACAUUUAUGUAAAAUAUGUAUUUAUUCCAGGCUGUCUUUUACACAAGGGAACGUGGGGACCGAUUCCCACGCCCAUUGUACAUAUUGUAUUAUGGUGUUUAUCAGUGAUGGGAGGAUUCUGAACCUCUCCUUGUCUUAUUUCUCGUUUAAGCUCGACAUGCUGUUGUGAGGUGGCGUGUUGACUCCUGUGAAAUAAAAAGGACGUUUCAUUGAUA